UCGAGGAAUACGUGAAUAGUAUUCAACACUUAAUGAACGCAAACAAUGAUGUCUUCAAUACUAGACUAGAGCUCAAUAACAGAGAGUGUUAUCACAACUUUGUCGACACUUUCAACGACCAGUGCCUUAGUAUAACUCAACAUUCAUACGCUUUGAACAAAUUAUACACAUUUGUCAACAUUUGUGAACAAAUGGAUGACUCGAGCGCUACCCAAGCCCUCAACCAAUUGGUUCAGUACUGCCAACAAAAUCUACCCAAUGGUUACCCGACUAAUAUUUUGUAAAUUUAAAAAUACCAAUCAAUAAA